AUGCAAGGUCCUGGAAGCUCUAUUGUUAUUAUUUGUAGAGUUGAUUGCAGGGGAGAUGCAGUUUCCUCAGUUGUCUUCGGCAGUCUUUGGGAAUUGCAGUUGCAUCAUCAGCUGGACUCUUCCAGCUGGACUAUCAAGAAGCUUUCUCUUUAUUUGGCCCGUAAACAGAAUGCAGCAAUUUUUGGUCUGAAGUGCACUGUUCAUCAGCUCUUAGUUGGAUUUUCUCAACUGGAGCUUCCUAUUUCAACUAGACUCUUUCUACAACUAGACUCUUACUUUAGUUGGACUUUUGUUUCAGCUGAGCCUCACUUACUGCAACGUGGUUUUGGAGAUAUUUUUUGCAUAUCCACUCAUUAUGCUGAAUCACCUUUGAGCUAUAAACAUGCUAAGUUGCCAAUGGUGGUUAUAGUGUUUAACAAUAGUGGUGUAUAUGGUGGUGACUGGAGGAACCCUGAAGAAAUUAUAGGACCUUACAAGGAUGAUCCUGCACCGACUUCUUUUGUCCCUAGUGCUGGAUAUCAUCUUCUAAUUGAAGCUUUUGGGGGAAUGGGUUAUCUUGUUGAGACACCUGAUGAACUCAAAUCGGCAUUUUCUGAAGCUUUUUCUACACGGAAGACUGUUGUCAUAAACAUUACAAUUGAUCCAUAUGCUGGUGCAAAAAAGUGGGAGGAUGCAGCAUAA